AUGUCGCAGCUGCACACACACAUCUAUGUGCUCUACUUGCUGGGCGAACAGACGCCGGACAACCGCCUUACGCACGAGCUCAUUCGCGAAGGAAUUUUGCCGGCCGUGCGCCAGAUCAAGAAGCAGUGGGCCGAGUGGGUGCAGAAGGACGAGGUAGGCGAGGGCGCGGCGCUUGUUACCACUGCACUGACGACCAACAGGAUCUUUUCCAACGGGCUCGACCUGGCGAACGCGGUCGCGGACCCCAAAUUCUUUGACGAGGUUCUGAAUGUGCUCUUUAAGGAGCUGCUCACGCUCCCUAUUCCCACGGUCGCCUCGAUCGGUGGGCACGCAUUUGCGGCUGGGUUCUCGCUCGCGUGUGCGCACGACUACCGCGUGCAGAACGGCAAGCGAGGCUACAUAUGCAUGAACGAGAUCGAGUUUGGCGCGCCUGUCGUCAACGGCAUGAUGGCCACGGUCAAGACCGUGACAUCGGACCCCAGAGUUUACCGCAAGAUUAUCCUCGAGGGGCACCGCUUUGGGGCGAAGGAUGCAUUCACAUACGGCAUCGUGGACGUGAUCGCCGAUGGCCCCGGCUACGAGGGCUCGGAGGGCACGCUCAAGAAGUCGAUCGAGCUCGCGACGGCGCUGCGCUCGCGCUCGGCAAAGAACGCCUGGCUCGUCAACCGUGAGCUGCUGUACAAGGAGCAGCUCGAGACGCUGAAUCGCCCCGACAAGGUCAACGUGCCGUCGUAG